CGGUGGGAAGAAGAAGAGCAAGAGACGUCGUCGAAAGGAAGCAGCAUCAGCUGCAGCAGCAGCCGCAGCAGCAGCAUCAGCAUCAGCGACAGUAUCGAUACCAACGUCUUCAUCGUCAGCAGCGCCUCCGCCGCGCGAUGCUGAACGGGAGCCACCCGUCGAGAGCAGGAACCGACACCGCACCAAGACACCCAAGAAGGCAAUGGAGGUGGGCCACAAUAGCAGCACCAACAACGACAAGAUGCCGAUAAGUCCCGUGCAAACGAAAGGGUCGCGACCUUCUGGGGGAGGCAACACAGCCGGGCGGGCGGCGGCGGCGGCGGCGGCAGGGUCUGGAUCGGGCGCUCCCAGGCUGUCGGAGCUGCAGAAGCGCAUGCGGCAGAAACUGGAGGGCGCCCAGUUCCGCAUGAUCAACGAGACGCUGUACACGUCGGAGAGCGGGGUCUCGCUCGCUAAGUUCAAGCAAGAGCCGGAGCUAUUUGAUGUGUACCACAGAGGAUUCCGAGAACAGGUGGAGAAGUGGCCGGUGCAUCCGCUGGACAUCAUUAUCGACUGGCUGAAGAAGUACCCGAAGGCGCGAGUGGCCGACUUUGGCUGCGGGGAGGCGCGUCUUGCGGCGACGGUGCCCAACAAGGUGCACUCGUUCGACUUGGUGUCACCGAAUCCGCUGGUGACCGCGUGCGACAUGGCCAACGUCCCGAUCAAGGACGCCUCGGUUCACGUGGCCGUCUUCUGCCUGUCGCUCAUGGGGACUAACCUAGCGGACUUUUUGCGCGAGGCUCAUCGGGUGCUCGUCCCGGGGGGGCUCGUGAAGGUGGCCGAGGUGAGGAGCAGGUUCGAGGGAGAGGAGGGCGGGGUGGAGCGUUUCUUGGAGGUGACGAGGCGUCUUGGCUUCGACACGAGGCAGAUGGACCGCUCCAACAAGAUGUUCCUCCUCGCGGAGUUCAAGAAGUCCGGCCGGAAGCCGGAGAGGGGUGUUGAGUUCGAGGCGAAGGUAUUUUCGAGCCUUGAUAAUGGGGUGACGAAGGAGGGAUGCAGAUUCCCGGGGGCACCGGUGCUGGGUAUUUCGCCGAUGGAGUUCGGGUGCAUUGGGAGCUACGGUAGACCCUCCCCGUAUUUAUGCAUACAUCGUAAUAUUUUCUUGGCGGAGGCGGUGCACUUUGUGCGUUAUCCCCAGUAA